GGAAUUUGCAUCUGAUUGCUGUUUGUCAACCAAUGGCUUGAGUCGCCGAUCGCGGCACCGCCUCAGAUGAGACGCGCACACGAUGUUGCUGCCGAAUUAACCUCUAUAUCGAAAUCAAACGAGGAAGAGCGACGCGCUUCAGACCGAGCACGAGCCGCACUGUUUCUAUAGGCGCUCGCGCGUACUGACCGAGAGCGAGCGCGUCGCGAGCGGCUUGGUUUUUUUUUUUUUUACGGGGAAACCAGGAAUGUUCCUUCCGCUUCCCAAGAAAAAAACUAAACGGAAGUUAAACUGAUAGGCCCCUGUGCGUGGGGGUCAUCUUCCCCUUAACUGUCUGCUGGUGUCCAUCGAGUACAAGACCAUCCCUUCCGGUUUCCUGAAGCCCUGCCUUCUGGAUCAAGCUCACAGAAAAGCGGUCCGUUUCGACUGUGCGGGGAAGUAAAAGGGCCGAAAUCCCAGCGUGACGCGUUUCCCAGGCAAUGAAGCUGCAGGCGGUGAUGGAGAACCUGCACAGACAGCAGAGAGCCAAACUGCUGAUGGAGCAGGCGGGGCAGUCGCACAGCCCCGCCCCGAUAGGGGAGGAGCUAAAGGCAAUCUCCACCUCUGACACGGAGCAGGCGCAGAUAGCGGCGCUGGCAGCAAUGCGUGCGGUGGCCGCUGGACUUCAGAGGGCCGACAGCCCCAUGUCUGAGCGCAGCAGCGCAGGGGACGACGAUGAUGACGAGGAGGAGGAAGACGAAGGGGAGGAGCAAUACAAAGAUAUGAUGGGGUCUGAGGAGGAAGAGCAGAUAAAACAGAAAUGGGAUGAAGAUGACUUCGAGGGUGAGAUGGAGGAAGACUAUGACGACGAUCUAGGAGACGAAGGGCUGCCGUCGGGCCGUGAGGUCAUCACCCCGGGCAGAGGCAUCCUCCUCUUACCCCACCGUCACCUACACCCUCACUCCCAGCUGCUAAAGCCUCGGGCCGGUUCUGAGAGCGAACCACGGCCGCUCACUCACUCCGCUCAUUCAUCCCACGGGCCACUCCACGGACAGGACCACGCUGACUGGACCUAUGAGGAGCAGUUCAGACAGCUCUAUGAACUAGACAGCGACCCGAAGAGGAAGGAGUUCCUGGACGAUCUGUUCAGCUUUAUGCAGAAGAGAGGGACGCCAGUGAACAGGAUUCCCAUCAUGGCCAAGCAGGUGCUGGACCUCUACAUGCUGUACCAGCUGGUGACAGAGAAGGGGGGGCUGGUGGAGGUCAUAAAUAAAAAGUUGUGGAGGGAGAUCACGAAGGGCCUGAACUUGCCGACCUCCAUCACCAGCGCUGCCUUCACUCUCAGAACACAGUAUAUGAAGUAUCUGUAUCCUUACGAAUGUGACAAGAGGGGUCUCAGCAACCCCAACGAGCUGCAGGCGGCCAUCGACAGUAACCGGAGAGAGGGACGCAGGCAGAGCUUCGGCAGCUCGCUCUUCACCUACUCGCCCAACGGGACGCCCACCAUGCUCUCCUCUCCCAAACUGUCCAUGCCACCCAUGGGCAUCGCCCUGCCCAGCAACGGAGCCUCCAUCUCAUCCUUACAGAAAAUCAAGAAAGAGGACGACGGAGCUCAGGCCCGUCUGCCCGUGUCUCUGGCCAGUCACUCGGUGGCUGCGGCCCAGGCUGCGGCUGCGCAGGCGGCCACCAUCGCACAAGUGGCUGCGCUGGAGCAGCUGCGGGACAAGCUGGAGUCCGGCGAGCCUCCGGAGAAGAAGAUGGCACUACCGCUGGAGGACCACCAGCGGCUCCUGCAGAGAGCCCUUCAGCACAACCUGCUGGCCAUGACGGCGCAGAUCCCCAUGAACAUCCGCAUCAACAACCAAGAAAGCAGGCAGGACUCGGCCAUGAACCUGACCACCAACGGCCUGAACAGCAUCAGCAUGUCGUUGGAGCUCAAUGGCGUCGUCUACACCGGCGUUCUCUUCGCCCAGGCCGCGGCGCAGACCUCAUCUAACAGAUCUUCUGCAGGCAACAGCGGGCCUCAAUCGGUUCACCACACACCUACCUCAUCCUCCUCCAACAACCAAUCGCCUUAGCACCUCAGACUCUUCCUCAGUGCAAAACCAAAGCCAAAAAACCUCAGUUACUACAGAAGAUAUGCCAAAACAAAAAAAAAAAAAAAAAGUGCAGGAAUAACUGAAACGUUCUCAACUUGAAGUACACUAGCUCAGGUCUUUUAUUUACACUCUCCUUUGCUCAGGAGUCAAAGAAAAUCUAAAAUAACAACAGAGUUUAUUAUAAAGAUAAUGAAAUAAUGUAUAUGCAAAACCUGUGAAUAAUUUAUUUCUCUUUCUGUGAGCACACUGUCUGGCGUUAAACGAGGCAGUAGGAUUCUGCUUUUUAGGGUUUUAUAGUCUUGACUGACAAAAGCUUUUUCGUCUAUAGGCAAAACCAUAACAAUAGUAUUAUUGUUAUAACGUGUGAUGCAAACAGCUUAAGGGUCUGAACUAAUAAUAUAUUGUAGAUUUUAUUUUCUCUGUGUAUGUAUCUGCAGUGCCUUGUGAAGGUUUCUCCUUAGCACAGUUUCAAAGCGCUGUUGACGGGCCAAAGUCUUCAGCGGGAACUCCAUACAAAGUGCGUUAUUGUCUGAAGUUUUGCUGUUUCUUUAAAAAAAUCAGUCGUUUCGUUUCCUGACUCGGAGCCUAAUAUCAGUCAGUGAAGAUUCAAGGUAGUUCGGCCAAAAAUAAAAGCACCCUCAAGCUGCUGAACAGAAGAACAGAUUAAGAUAUUAACGCAGGCGAGUAAAGGACAGAAUGUCGGUUUUUCGGGUGAGCCGUCUCUUUAAGAAGCGUUUGCGUCUUAGCAACUGCUUCACAACAUUGGCGCAAACUUAUUCAGGCCGACGGUUGCUCUAAAGUGCAAGUGGAACGAGUUCAGCAGCAUCGUUUUUGGGCUGAAGAAUAAUUACAGUUCGACUCCCAAGUGUGAUGGGUUCAUUUUAAGAUCCCAACAAUGAAAUAAUUCGUUCGGAUGCUACACGAACCGGAGAUAGUUUGCCGUUUUAGCUUAAUCGAACGCGGUUUUGAGGGGUCCAGCGACGCAGACGUUUCUGGAAAUUCUUAUCGCCAUGGCAUGAUCUGAAAGUGAAAUAUUUCCUGAAGGGAAUUGAAGGAUGUGGCUUCCCGUGUUUAGCAGAUUUCUUUUUUUAAUAUCAUCUCGUCAGCUUCAUCUGCUCAGUCUUUUAUCGACAUGUAGCUGCAGUUUAUGAGUUAUGUCAAGCUGCAUGCGAGGGGAAAUACGCACUCGUUGGGCAUCGAGGGGGGUGAAACGUUCAACUACUGCCUUCGCUCAUAAUAAGUUAAACGUUGUGUGAGUCUGAGAUGCUCCAGGCUUUAUGGAAACGGGCCUUAUUUUGAUCUUGCAGGUACAACUUGAGCAACCUAAAUGCCUCGAUCCCUCGUUUAGGAUCAAGCUUGCGGUCUUUGCUUUCGCAGCCGAGAUCCUUAACUGUCAAACUGUUAAUGCUCACCCAAUGCAUAGAACUCUUUAUUAUUCACAAAGACCACAGUUGCUAUACAGAAAACAGUGCAGAAAAU